AUGACGACCAGUCUUCCCAACGAUGUCCUCCUCUUGAUCGGAGAACAUUUGGACCGGCAAGAUCGCUGGAACCUGUUGUUCGUCUCCAACCAUUUUCAUGACUUGUUCCUGCCGCUUUUCUACCGUUCGGUAGCCCUUCACAACUGGCAUAGCACCCUUUCAUUCCUCCACGCCAUAUUGAAGCGCCCAUCGCUUGCACGCGCGGUUCGACAAUUGGACCUGAACGCUUGGCAGUCAAGAAGCGUAUCAGAUGAUGAACGGGCCCAGAUUCUCGACUCUGUACAACUGACAGAUUGGCUGACAGCUAUUUCGCACUCGGAAGACGACCGGUUGCAAUGGAAAAAGGAUCUCCAAUCCGGUUUUGGGGAUCCCUGGAUUGCCCUGGUGCUCCCUCUUUUGGGUCAGUUGGAACGUCUGCGGUUGGCGUAUGCAUCGAAUAACCCUUACUUGGACCGCCUUAUGCAAAGAGCCGUCAACCCCGAAACGCCAUUUGAUGGUCACCAAAUACUUGGUCGAUUGAGAGAGGUUUCGCUGCGCCACCGGGAGGAUCUGGACCGCCCGAAACACCAGGACGGUGCUGAUCUAGAGGAUCGAUCAAGCCCGUCAUCAUCAUCCCUGAUUCUUCCAUUCUUCCAAUUGCCCUCGGUGCAGACGCUCCGUGCGGAGUCCGUGAUCGAUCCUAGCUCCGACACAUCGGGAAUCUCUGAGGACGAGGGCAAUGUGCAAGGGCAAUGGCCUACCGGCUUCUCCUCCAUCAAAGAGAUAGAUCUUCGCUCCAGCAACGGAAAUCACGGUAUGGAAAGCUUGAUCACAUCAUGUGCAGAUCUCCGGUCUUUCAAAUAUCAGCAUUCCGACGCGCAUAUCCUCUCGCAUGGCUACCAACCAUCCGCCUUCCAUCGAUCCUUGAUACGCAGCAAGCAUAGCCUUCAGACCUUGUGGUUAGACCAACAUGGCGAUCAUUACCCCUUCACGGGCGCCGGACUCAACCAAACACACGACGAGUGGUUCGGGUCGCUGGCCGGCUUUGUGGCUUUACGGGAUGUGCGUAUUCGGCUGCCCAACCUUCUGGAUAUCCGCUACCAGAAUCAGCCGAGCACGCCUCUCGUGGAUAUACUCCCACCGAAACUAGAGACUCUCUAUAUCGAGGGAUGUGAGGAACGGAAUCUGUCCAUGCUCGCCUCGCAGCUCCAGACUGUGAUUAAGAACCGCCAGGCCAAGGUACCGCAACUCCACCGAGUGGACAUCGAGGGCGCAUUCCACAAUGAUCCUUCCGAUGACUCUGGACACACCGAGUCCUUUCUGGCCGAGUCUCCUGAGAACACUAUCAAAGACAAGAUCCUCCAAGCCGCUGAGCCUUUGCACAUGGAUUGUCUCAACGCGGGAAUGGAACUUCAUCUCCACGAUCGCAUAUGUUCUGCCUCCCCGGGGGUAUCCUGGUGA